AUGUCGAAUGCUUCGGAGUUCCGCUGGAGCCGGCGAGGCUACCGCCGCCUCUCCUCCCGGCAGCACUCCUUCGACUUGGCGGAAAACGCCGAGACGACGGUGGCAACGACGACGACGACUCCAACGACGUCUUUUCCGACGACGCUGAAGAGGUCGAAGACUACUAGGGACGUGAAGGCGCAUCCGGUGAUGAGGAUCCUGCAGGCACCAUCAAAGAAGGAGACGGCGAGGCCGGAGUUCCUGAGGUACUUGGAGUACGUGAGGGAGGCCGGUUCGUGGGAUCCUACCUCCGACAAGCCCACCAUUUACUUCAAGUAG